AUGAAAACGGAUAGUGCCUUCAGAGCAUUUUGGAAAUCAAAGGAAUGGAAUGAGAAAAGACCGACAAUUGAGUCAGACGAGGAAAUUCCACUUCCACGUAGAAGAAAGCAUUUUAGAAGGAAGGAGGAGGAGAGCCCACUAAGAGGCCAUGAAGACUAUCACCAGCAGAGCUGUGGUCAAGUGAUCACAUUUCCUUGUUCCAUAUGCCAGCAUGAAAUUGACCUGCCUGGCAUUUUCCUCCAUAAAAAGCACCACGUAGCUCUGGCCACACUGGGUUUUCAAUGGAUGGGUGAAAAAAACCCAAGGCCUUCCAUGAUUGCUGCUCAGAGACAGUUUAUGAUUACUAAACUAUUGUCAUCUUUCACAUUCACUGAAAAAGUCCUACGAAGCCUUAAUAAUGCUUUUGAGCUACUUUGGAAGAAACAAAUACCAGCAUACUAUAAGAUUACUGAUAACAUUAACAGCAGUUCCGUAUAUUCUCAAACAAUCUGCCAUCUAUUAAUUAAAGGAGCAGCCAUUUGUGAAGACAGGAAUUCUACAUGGAGAGUGGCCAUGAAUGAUAAAUUCACUGUAGUGAACAAUUUUGGCAAUAAACCCAACGUGUGUUUCUUUGGUUUGUUUGAUGGGCAUCACGGUGCUUCAGCGGCAAACUUGACAUCAGUGGAACUACCUGUUUUACUUCUCCAUCAGCUUUCCACAUUUGAUCGUUCCUACCACAUGACCCCUGAUGAGAAAAAGCUAAUCAAUUCCUUUCAUACAGUGUUUCGGGAAGAAUACAGAGCUGUAGAAAACCUCUUCUCUCUAAAGAAAAGAACAAAAGACUUACAGUGUGAGCACGAGAACAUACACAACGCCUUUGCAAAAGCAUUUUGGAGAAUGGAUAGGCUUCUACGUCUUGGAAGGAAUGAAGUAUCCAGGGUUCGAUGGAGUGGCUGUUCUGCAGUUACUUGUAUAUUGGAAGGCAACAUUAAACGUCCCUUUGCCAACUGGAGAAGACUCAUUGAGAAUGGUGGCCGGGCGGAGAGGUUCCCUUCGCAGAAGAUGCCACAAUUCAUUUCUGGAGUCUUACAUGUUGCAAAUACUGGUAAUGUGCAAGCAGUGUUAUGCAGAAAUGGGAAAAGCUUUUGCCUAACCAAAGAACACACUACGCAAAACAUAAAUGAAAAAAGAAGAGUACUUCAGAAUGGAGCAAUAAUUAGUUCAAAUGAACCAUUCGGCCUCCUAGAACGGCAAAUAAAAACCACAAGAGGACUUGGAUUUCAUGGAAAUCCCAAACUGAAAAAAUUCCUUAUUCCAGCACCUGAAACUAUUUCUGUUCCUAUAGAUGACUUAUGUCAAUUCCUUAUCUUAGCUACUAAUGGACUCUGGGAAGUUCUGGAUAAAAAGGAAGUCACUUCACUUGCAAUGACAAUGUUUCAAGUGUAUAAAGAAAUAUACUGUUCUAUCAUUCCAAACAAAUCUUCAUCACCCAAAGGGCCUCUCUUUUUCCCAAUCAAUGAAACAAGCAUUACUAAAUCAGAAAAUAAUAUCCAUGUCCUGUUUCAGCAUAAAUCUGAAUCUAAAGAAUGUGUGUCAAGUACAAAUUCAAAAGACAAUUUGUCUGAUUUGAAAUAUUCUAAAUAUUUCACUUGUGAUUCCAAAAAUGAACAAACAUUUCUACCAGAAAUGACUACUCGUGAUCCUAGCAGUGAGAAAGAAGCUGACAGACCAACCAAUAUAGAUGGUGUGCUGAAAGAGUCAAGUGAAAAAGAAAAGAUAUGCACUAAGAGUUUCUAUGAAGGUGCAGCUGAAUAUAUCAGCCAUGAGCUUGUAAAUGCUGCUUUAAUGGCUGGCUCCAGAGACAACAUUACAGUUAUGGUAAUACUUCUCAACGGAAGUGAGUAUCAGUUUCUGAUAUAAAAGAUAAAGUUCUGAUUAUCCAGAAUACAAAAAUAUAAAGAUAAUUCUUCAACGAACCAGAUAUUAGGAUAGUACAUCAUACCACGCAAAUCAUUUCUAAGAGGGUAGGAAAGAAAAAUACAAAAGCAGAUUUG